AUGCCACAUUAUUUGAAGUUCGCGAGAGGCUCUGUUGUGGUGCUCAGAGAGAGACCUCGUCCAGCCAAUGUGGUACGAAAUCGAAACCUGGUGAGUGUGGAGGAAAGGGCAGAACAUGCAAGGAUGACCGCCACCAUCCCGAAUGACUUGACUGUAGCCCUACAAGAAGUAAUCAAAGUAGUUUCACAACAAGGAAAAGCAAUCGGGGAACUUACCAAUGCGGUUCGUGAUCUCAUGAUUCAGAAAUCUGGACCAACUGCAGAGAGACCUAGUAAGUCCAAAUUCAAACCGCGAUAUUCCCGAGAUGGCCAACCUAUUUGCUUGAGAUGUGAGGGUGUUGGGCACAUAGCCAGGCAAUGCACUGGGCAGCGUUUCCAAGAAAACCCUGUGCUAGCUAUGCCCGAGUCCCAACUUCCGGAAACUGUGUCCCUCCGCCAUGAAGAGCCGAGCAAUGAGAGGGGCAGUGAUGGCUCAAAGACUGACACACUGACAAAAGAGCGGUUUCUGGAGCGUGCAGUGGAUCACGAGGAGGUUAUGGUUAACCAGAGGUCAAUGACAGGGGUUACCGGUGAUCUGCAAUGUCCCUUAGAGAAGAUACAAAUGAUGUACCCUCGCCCAACAGGCGGAGUUGAAGGCGCUUCUAAGGAUACCUGGACGUGUUUGCCAUCUCUGAUGAAGACCUUGGCUAUACUGAGCUGUCAUACCGGCGUAUACCCCAACCCAAUUCCAGGAAGUGAAGGAACAUAUCUCUGGCCUGCUCAAAAGCAUGUCAUUCAAGAAAGCUCCAGUUCGUAUGCAUCUCCUGUGGUGUUAGUCCACGCGACGCAUUCCCAUUACUCCCGGAUAGAUGAGAGUCUGGAUGCUUUGAGUAAGGCCAAGGUGUUCUCAUCUAUUGACCUCGCGAGUGGCUAUCACCAAGUAGCAGUUCAUGAGAAGGACCGGCACAAGACAGCUUUCAUUACCCCAUUUGGCCUGUAUGAGUACCAGCGGAUGCCGUUUGGCCUAUGUAAUGCACCAGCAACAUUCCAGCGUCUCAUGCAGACCAUAAUGAGUGAUCUGGUCUUCCAAACGCUGCUAGUUUAUUUGGACGAUUUGCUUGUGUAUUCAAGUACAUUCGAGGGACACUUAGUGAGGCUUGAGGCUGUGUUACAGAGGUUGAGGGAGGCCGGACUUAAGGUAAAGGUGGAAAAGUGCCACUUCCUGCAGUCCGAGGUAAAAUUCUUGGGGCAUGUGGUCUCUGCUCAAGGGGUAUCUACAGAUCCAGACAAAGUGAGUGCGGUGAGACAGUGGCCAGUUCCCCACACUUUGAAGGAGCUGCGGUCCUUUUUAGGAUUCUGCAGCUAUUAUCGGAGAUUCAUCGAGGGCUUCUCAAAGGUGGCUGGUCCACUCCAUGAUGUCGUAAACAAGUGUGUCCACCAGGGGAGUGUUAUUCAGGCUAACAAACUGUUUAAGGGCUCCUGGACAGCGGAGUGUCAGAAAGCCUUGAGCAUCUCAAAGAGAAGCUUUACAUGUGCUCCAACACUAGGCUAUGCAGAUUUUACCCUACCUUUUGUGCUGGAGACCGAUGCCAGUAAUCUAGGAUUGGGUGCUGUGCUGUAUCAGCAACAAGGAGGAAGUAGGACUGUGAUAGCCUAUGCAAGUCGAAGGUUGAGGGGCGCAGAGCGGAACGACAGGAACUACAGCAGUAUGAAGCUGGAGCUUCUGGCACUCAAAUGGGCUGUGGAUGAUCUUCGCCAGUUUCAGGAGACAGAUCCUACUAUCAGUGUGCUCAAAAGUUUCUGGGACAAGAAGAGGAAGCCCACAAAUCGAGAGAGGAAGUACUUGUCCAGACAGGUGCUGUUGAUGCUUAAGCAGUGGGACAAGAUUCAAGAGAAAGAUGGACUGAUGUACAGAAUGGUGGACGACGUCUUCUAUGGGGAGUGCCAACAGUUGCUGCUCCCUGAAUGUCUCGUUGAAACGGUGUUGCGGAGUGUCCAUGACCAAAUGGGGCAUCAAGAAGUGGUUGCAGUGGAUUUCACCACAUUGGAACCUGCGUCUGAUGGGCAGGAAAAUGUCCUGGUUGUUACUGAUGUAUUCACAAAGUUCAGUCAGGCAUUUCCUACUCGCAAUCAGAAGGCGGACACUACUGCUAGGAUCCUUCUAAAGGAAUGGUUUCUCAAAUAUGGAGUGCCCCAGCGUCUUCAUUCAGAUCAGGGAAGAAACUUUGAGAGUGCUGUGAUUGCAGAGCUUUGGAAUGCACAAUGUGAGAGGUUUAACAGAACUCUGCACGACCUCUUGCGUUCCUUACCUCCAGAGAAGAAGCGGAGAUGGCCAGAGUACUUACCCGAGCUGGUGUACGCCUACAAUGUGACCCCACAUUCCUCCACUGGUUACUCUCCUUAUUACAUGUUGUUUGGGAGACAGCCACACUUACCAGUAGAUGCCUUGUUGGGUCAGGAGCCAGAUCUAGAAAAAGAACUUGCCUGGUUGUCCGUCCAUAAGGAGCGGCUCCGGGAUGCUCAUACCAGGGCACGUGAAUACACUGAAAGGAGAGCCGCAGAUCGAGUUGCCAAGCGUGAGGGUGGAGUAUACUGUCCCGAAGUACUGGUUGGGCAGCAGCUGUACUUACGUUAUCGCCCCCCAGGAAGAAACAAGAUACAAGACGCCUGGGCACCCACAGUUUAUCAGGUGGUGGAAGUGCAUGGGACAACCUACACUGUGGAGCCAGUUGAAGGUGGUCCUGCAAAACGAGUACAUCGAUCAGGCAUUAGGCUUUGUCCGAGACCAGUUCCAAUGCCACGGAGGAAAGUGAGACCUGUAGAAGAAGUACCAACCUCAGGGUUGGUGGAUGAGAUGCCUUCGUUAGAUGCCGAAUGUGUGCUUGUGGAAGAAACCAUAUAUCCUGAGGAGUCACAGCAGCUGGGUGUGGCACCAUUCGAUUGUGCUGGGGCUGAAGUGGAAGAAGCACAGGAAACAUGUGAUGAAGCAGUGAGUGGCGAGAGGAGUGCUGCUCAAGAUAGCCUUCAACCUGAUACUGAAAGGACUGAUUCACCUACAGAUGUAGUGUUGACUAGACCAGUUCCUGUGCCCCGGAAGCCUAGGGCAGAGAAUACUCAAGUGGAUGCUCCCCAUCCUACGCCCCGUAGAACACAGCGGUCAAAUGCUGGUGUUCAUAGUAACCCAAAUAGACUACCCAAAUCCUCCUGUAAUGCUGUGUCCUUUACUCCCGAUGUUCUUUCCCAAGUGUUAGCAGGGGUGGUCUUGUAUACAUCCAAUAAACUACAAGGAUUAGUGGAUGAAUAAAUUGUAUUGUGCAGUCAUCGAGGACGCUGACUGUAGGCAGGGGAGAGUGUAACCAGGGUAGGAUUCACCUGUUAUUUUAUUUUAUAUCCCUGGCAAUGCACCUUUGGUUUCCUGUCACGUGGUUAUGUGCGCUGUCCCCUUUAAGAAAUAAGCGUUCGCGCACAUGUGAGAGCGAAGUGCACGUCGACAGACGGAGAACUGAGUUAAAGCGUUGCACAAAGAAAUAGUUUAUAAAACUGUUAAAAGGAGAUAAAUCCCAGUUUAUAUCUACUCGUGAAUGUGUGGGUACAUGGUUUCAUUUGACGAUUACAAAGGAGUUGCCUUAUUGCACGUGAGAGAUCGCCAGUGGGGGAAGGGAAAUUCGGACCACGUUAAUGGAGAUCGAGCAGGGGAGAGCAACGAAAUGUGAGAUCGAGUGUUAAUGACCAUGUGAGCUUUUGCUGUGUGCUUCGUGGAAUCAGUCGGAGAGAGCACAUAUAGGCCACUGCCGUUGUUUUGUACGCCGUUGUUUUGUACGCCGUUGUUUUGUACGCCGCUUUUUCCGUUUUGUAACCUUGUUUGCACCGGGUAAAAUUGAAGGGCCUGUAAUCC